GCGCCAUAACACGAUAAGACAGUCUGGUGUUUAGACUGCACAUUGUCGGUCGAAUGAACCAAUACAAUUACGUAGUCUCGGCACAAAAGCCAACAGCGGUUAGCUUUUCGGUCAAAGGCAAUUUCUUGUCGCCAAAUGAACAAUGUUUGAUUGUCAGCAAAGGAUCAAGGAUUGAAGUCUUUCGGUUCGACGGAGAGAAGCUCAAACUCGUUGUAGAGUUUGGGAUCUGGGGUCGCGUUGCCAGCUUGAAGUUAUACCACACUACAAAUCGGCCAACAGCAGAGUUAUUUGUACUUACAGAACAAAGCAACUACUGUAUUCUAAGCUACGAUGACAUUUUACAGCAAGUCGUUACGGAAUGCAGUGGACAGCUUGCGGAAAUCGGCGCCAAGGCAUACGACGAUGGAUCUGUAGUCGACGUUGACGAUUCAGGUCGAAUAGUCUGCACAAGUAUCUACUUGGGAAUGAUCAGGUUCCUACAACUAAACACAGGAGUUUGGGGCGAAAAUAUGCAGCCUAUUGCAGGGCGGUCAUCUAGCAAAGGAAAAGAGGUGAUAGGAAAGCGAAUCUCAACUGAAGUUGGUAUAUCCGUUAACAUGAGGUUUCAAGAGACGAACAUUAUAUCUUGCUGUUUUCUUCCCAGCAUGUCUUUACCUACUCUCGCCAUAUUAUACCAAGAUGCUCACGAAGAUCGACAUGUGACUUCGUAUGUAGUCAAUGUUCGAACAAACUCGAAAGCUGCAGGCAUCAUUCCUUCAACUAAUGUGGAACCUGGCGCUAAUUUGCUUAUCGCGGCCCCUCCACCUUACAAUGGCUUGAUAGUCGUAGGCGAACAAAGCAUAAUGUAUCUUCAACCAAUGAAUCCGCCGAUUACAAUUUACAUGGAUGCUACUGUCAUGAAAGCUCAUGAGGUAAUAGAUGCUAGUCGGAUAUUACUAGGCGACUAUCUUGGACGACUCUAUCUGCUGAUAUUGCUAGUAGAAAACCAGCAUGUCAAAGAUAUACACCUCGAAAAGCUAGGAGAAAUAUCUGCUCCUACCUCCCUUUCGUAUCUUGGAGACGGCGUUCUAUUUGUAGGCUCUGCGUAUGGUGACUCCCAGUUGGCUCAACUGAAUACUGAUAAAAACGAUGAAGGCGACUAUGUUACCAUUCUUGACGAAAUGACCAAUUUGGGACCGAUUACAGAUUUUGCUCUAGUGGAUAUAGAAAAGCAAGGACAGGCUCAAGUAAUUACGUGUUCAGGUGCGGGAUCAGACGGCUCAUUGCGUAUCAUUCGAAAUGGUGUAGGCGUUCAUAUACAAGCUUCGUUAGAGAUAGUGGGAGUCAAGAACGUACUAUCUCUACGUCCCGCGUACAACAGCAAUAUCGAAGACAAACUCGUCAUAUCAUUUAUAGAACAGACCAGAGUUUUGAGGCAAAUUGAGGAUGAGCUUCACGAAAUUGAACACUACUCUGGUUUCUGUUUGACCAGAACAACAUUAGCAACUACAAACACCGUUGACAAUCAUGUUGUACAAAUCACUGAUCAAAGCGUGCGACUGUUUGAAAUCAGUGACAAUGGUAAUUUGCUGGAUGAAUUAUCAGCAGAGGAAAACGCACGUAUCACGAUUGCCACAACAAAUGCCAGAAGGUGUGCUUUUUCAACGGGAGAAGGUACAUUGAAUCUCUUGGAGUACAAAGCUGGGAAGCUGGAGCGAUCUGGGUCAACAAAAUUGGCCAACGAAAUCGCAUGCAUACAUAUUAAUCAAUUCCCACUUGCAUUUGACGAUGAUGUGAUCGUUGUUGGUUACUGGACUACCAUGCGAACACAACUUCUCUCUGCUCGGGAUUUGAGUGUAAUAGCAAGUGUAGAUCUUGGAGGAGAUAUCAUACCAAGAUCUAUCCUUUUAACAGAGUUUGAAAAGGAAUUAUUCUUGCUAGUCGCCUUAGGUGACGGGCAGUUGUUUAACUUUCAAGUGGAUCCUCUCACCUUGCAACUCUCCAACCAAAAAAAGGUGUCGAUUGGCACACAACCAGUUACUUUGAAUACCUUCUCAGCGGGCGGAGCAACACAUGUCUUCGCUGCGUCCGACCGACCGACGGUCAUUCAUAGCAGCAAUCACAAGAUUUUGUACUCUGAUGUCAAUCUCAAGGAUAUGAGCAAUAUUACAGCAUUUCGCAACCCAUCAUUUGAAAACUGUAUUGCAUUUACGACAAGUUCAGGAGUCAUGAUAGGUCAAAUAGAUCAAGUUCAAAAACUUCACAUAAACAAAAUUCCUUUGGGCGAAAUGGCGAGAAGAAUAUGUUACCAGGAGUCUACCCGUACAUUUGCCAUCAUAACAACCAAAAUGGAAACAAGCUUGCCGGACUCGUCAAAGGAUUCAUCUAUUAAAAUUCUUGAUGAUCAAAGUUUCGAAAUCUUAGAUACACUUACUCUCGAAAGCUUUGAAGUUGGUGAAUCCAUCGCGAGCUGUUCCUUUGACGGUGGUGCGUCGGACUUCUAUAUCGUUGGUACAGCGACCGUAGUUCCGGGCGACGAAGAUGUCCGAAAAGGUAGAAUCCUUGUCCUCCAAGUCAGCCCCGAGAGAAAAUUGAUUUUGAGACAUACAAGGUCGAUCGAUGGGUCACCGUAUUGCAUCCAACCGAUGGACAACAAAUUGGUGGUGGCGGUCAAUGGAACCAUUGGCAUUUAUGAGUGGAUUAACCACGGCUUGAGCAACGUCUGUUGCCAUCGCUCCAAUACGAUUGUUGUCGAUAUGGCUGUCAAUGGUAAUCAAAUCGUCGUUGCCGAUUUGAUGAGGUCGAUCUCCAAGCUCGUAUAUGACAAGAACAGUCGAACCAUUCGCGAAUUAGCAAUAGAUCAGAACUCUAAUUGGAUGGCCAGCCUAUCGUUAGUGGAUGACAAUAUCGUAAUUGGUGCUGAGGUUGGCUAUAACUUGUUCACAUUGGCCCAAAUACCAAACAACACCAUGGACGAUACGGAUCAGUUCGAAGUUAUUGGGGAGUGGCAUUUAGGCGAGUAUGUCAAUCGUUUCAGGAAAGGUUCUCUUGUGAUGAACCAUUCUGAUACAACUACGACCUCAUCAUCAACACUGUUCGGAACUAUCAAUGGCGUUUUAGGUGUGAUGCAUAAUCUAACAGCAGAUCAAUAUUUGCUGUUUUCUCAGGUUGAAAGCAACAUUAUACAUAUUGUUGGCAGCAUUGGACAUUUCGAUCACUCCAAAUGGAGAAACUUUCGUGGUGACCGUAGAGUAGCACCACACAGAGGAUUUAUUGACGGCGAUUUGAUAGAAAGUUUUCUUGACUUAAAUCGAUCUCAAAUGCAGCAAGUUGUUGAUGGAGAUAUGGGUGGACAGCGGCUUAACUGCAGUUUAGAGCAAUUAUUCAGAAUUAUCGAAGAGUUUUCAAGACUUCAUUAGUAGCUAAUAAAUUAUAAAAACGACUUCUAAGUAUGUUAACGGUCGUAACAAUAGCAAUCAG